AUGACAGAAUACAACGGCUGGACUUACGAUUGGGAAGGUCGAGAGCUUCUCAUACGCGGCCGCAAGGUGAAAAUCGAGACUCAACUGACCAAGUGGCUUGACGAUGUUUUGGCUCAAAGACAUGUUUUGACACUGGCGCGGAACUUGGAUAGAGGCAUACCAAUAAUGCUGAAGAUCACAUAUGAUCUCAACCCCAAGCACUUUCCUCUCAUUGAUAAUGUCGAGGAAACCCUUCGAGUUGCCGAGCGGCAUGCUUGCUUCGAAGUUACUUUGAUCAAGUUAAUCCAUAGUAUUGGCCACGGACCAGAGACUUUGAUCUUUUCCAAGGGCAAGCAGAACGAAUGGAUGCCAUAUCCAGGUGGUCGGAUCUACUACGUGGCCAUGACACGCGUGCCUGGAGAGAACGUUGAAAGGAUCCGGUAUCAACUGUCAUCUCGACAGCGGCAAAGCAUCAGAUCACAGCUAGCCAAGAUUCUCGAAGCUAUGGCGGACAAAAAUCGAGUCUUGAGGACAGCGGAUCUCAGUAUUUUGCGGUAUGACAGAGCAAACGACAAACUCUACCUGGUUGACGUAACCCACAGGGCUUAUCAAAUCGUGGAAUAUGAAAUUACAGUGGAUAGUCCGUUUGUGUUGGAGUUCGGCUUGUGGACAGAAGAGGACUUGGCUACCCCUCAGGAGAGAGAGGCCUCGCAGGAAUCAAAAUUGGUCACGGACACUGCAAUUGCCCUCCCCAAUUACUCAAUCAAUAAUUUGUCCUUCAGCGAUUUUGAGCUCUCCGGAAGUGCUUCCCCAAUAACGACAGAGAUGCCCAUGCCCAGAAGCAGAGGCUAUGCUUUUAAUUGGGAGGGUCAAGAACUCGAAUUCGGCAAUCACAAAUUCAAAAUUGAAAAGCAACUCAGCAAGUGGGUUGACGACGUCCUGGCGCAAAGACACGUUUUGACGCUGGCUCAUUAUGUGAACAAAGACAUCCCGGUAAUGCUAAAGAUUAGAUACGAGUUGAAUCCCAAGAACUUUCCAUUCAUUGAUGACGUUGAGGAGACUCUAGAGAUUGGAAGACGGCACUAUCUUUUCGAAGCUGAUCUAUACGAUCUACUCCAUGAGAUUGGCCACGGUCUAAAGGUCAUGAUGGUCACCAAACGUGAUAAACAAAAUGAAUGGAUGCCAUAUCCUGAGGGACGCAUAUUCUUUACAGUUUUCAGACGUGUUCCUGGAGAAAAUGUUGGUGCGAUUCGCUAUGAACUAUCUCGUCAGCAAAAGCAAAGUCUCAGGUCGCAGCCUGCCAAAAUCCUUGAAGCCAUGGCGGACAAGAACCGAAUUUUGAGGACGGUCAAUUUGAAUUUUCUGCGAUAUGAUCGGGGGAACGAUAAGCUCUAUCUUAUCGACCUGACGCAUUGGGCUUAUCAAACUGUGAAAUAUGAGAUUACGGAGGAUAGCCCGUUUGUGUUGGAAUUUGGCCUGUGUUCAAAUGAAGAUUUGGGGUCCCAGGGAACAAAUUGGGAAGAUGAUCAUGUUGAGACGGGCCAGCAAGAAGCUGUGUGUUUUGAAAUGAUGGAAUAG